GCGGCAGGAUGUAUUUGAGUCGAGCGGAGCUCAUAUCCAAACUAAAUAUUCGCCGAGCUGUAGAAAGUAGAGUCAGACAGACUAAAUGAACCUGUGGAGAAAAUAUUUCCAAUACGAACUGGAGCGUUGGAGAGGAAAUGAGCUCAGUGUUCCCCGCAGAUGUUCAGCAGACUCUGCUGAUUAGAGUCCAUGCUCCUGAGGGAGGAAGGCCCAAUAUGGACGAGCAGGACCCAGAGCCCCUCCACAUAAAGGAGGAACAGGAAGAACUCUGGACCAGAUUGGAGGGAGAACAGCUCAGUGUGAAGGAGGAGACUGAUGCUACAGAGUUAUCAUUCACUGCAGUUACUGUGAAGAGUGAGGAUGAUGAAGAGAAGCCUCUGUUCUCUCAGCUUCAUCAGCDMCAAAUGGACCACAGAGAUGUUCCAACCAGCAGCUCAKCUGACCAGAUGAAAGUAGAAGCUGAUGGAGAGGACUGUGGAGGAGCAGAAACCUGCAGGAACACAGAUCUGAAUCCUCAUGGAGAUGCUUCCAGCUCUUCAGAGACUGAAGUCAGUGAGGAAGAUGAAGAGGAGGAGGAUGGGAGCAGUCCUGACUCUCAGCUGGGACCCUUGUCAGACUCUGGAUCAGAAACUGAAGACAGUGACAAAGACUGGAAGGAGAACGGGGCUCCUGAGCCAGGUGUAAACUGUGUCAACAACAGUUUCAGCUGCUCUGAGUGUGGAAAACAAUUUCUCCACAAGCGCUCUCUUCAGAGACACAUG